AUGGGCCAGGACUCCAUCUACCUCCAGGUCCUGUCGGGCGAUGCCACCGAGCCGCAACACAAGAACGCGAAGCGAGUUCUCAAGCUGCUCAACCGAGGAAAGCAUUGGGUGCUCGUGACCCUGCUGCUCGCAAACGUCAUCGUUAACGAAUCGCUUCCCGUCGUGCUGGACCGCUUCCUAGGCGGCGGCGUUGCCGCCGUCGUCGGUAGUACGAUUCUUAUCGUCAUCUUUGGCGAAAUCGUGCCCCAAUCAGUGUGCGUGCGAUAUGGCCUCCCGAUUGGCGGGUACAUGUCCACGCCCGUCUUGAUCCUCAUGUAUCUCUUGGGCCCAGUGGCCUGGCCGACUGCGAAGCUCCUCGACUGGAUCCUCGGAGAGGAUCACGGUACGGUGUACAAGAAGAGCGGCCUCAAGACGCUCGUGACGCUGCACAAGUCGCUCGGCGAAGUGUCGGAACGGCUGAACCAGGAUGAGGUCACCAUCAUCACUGCCGUCCUGGAUCUCAAGGACAAGCCUGUAUCGGAAGUCAUGACGCCCAUGGACGAUGUCUUCACCCUGGCCGAGGACCACAUCCUGGAUGAGGCUACCAUGGACACCAUCCUCUCUUCCGGAUACUCGAGGAUCCCCGUCUACCGCUCCGGCAACCCGACCGAUUUCAUAGGUAUGCUCCUCGUCAAGACGCUCAUUACUUACGAUCCCGAGGACCGCAUCCCGGUCCGAGAUGUGCAGUUGGGAGCUGUUGUAGAAACGCGGCCCGAGACAAGCUGCUUGGACAUUAUCAACUUUUUCCAGGAGGGCAAGUCCCACAUGGUGCUGGUCUCUGAGUUUCCCGGCUCCGACCACGGUGCUCUUGGCGUCGUGACGCUCGAGGAUGUCAUUGAAGAGCUCAUCGGAGAGGAAAUUGUUGACGAAUCGGAUGUCUACGUCGACGUACACAAGGCCAUCCGGCGUCUGACCCCAGCUCCACGAGCUCAUCGCAGGCACAGUGACGCGCCGGGUGCAGGUGUGGCGGUUAGGAAGACGCCAGACCAUGUUGGCGGCCAGCAAAAGCCUUCGGACGGUCAGGAAGUCGAGGUCGGCUCCUUGAAGAGCGACUCGGGCCACUUUGAGCGCCCUCCCAGGACCGCCGUGUUCAUGAAGCGCCAACACUCGGCGGACGGCCGCGUCGGAAAGAAUGUGCCCGUCAAAGCAUCGCUGGACGAGAUGCGGCAGCAACUGCGACUGGGACCCGCGAACCGCGCGGCGAAGCCGCUGAGCAGCACGCGCGGAAGCGUGUUCAAGAUCAAGCAGGGCCUGGGGACGGUGGUGACGACAACAACACCAGACGCAAAACCGGUGAAUGGCAAUGGCAACGGCAGCUCGGAGGGUGCAGACGGGCCGAGCGAACACACCGAAACCACGCCAUUGCUGGGAAAGGGUCAGAAUGGCGCAAGUUAG